GUGUAAGAAUUGUGCAUAAAUAAUUGUGAAUUUGUUUGUAUGCUCGAUUCAGUUCCGCCAAAAUUGGAGCAUGCAAAUGUUGCGCGUUGUUUUUAGAAGACUCCUGAUCGCCAGGGGGAGAUGUUAAGUUUAAAAUAUCCGUUUACUGACACAUGAAGAGAAUUGAACUGCGCGCGGGCUGCUGAGAUGGGUGAAAGCGGAGCUUCAGAGGGAUCUGAAUCCCUUCAGCUAUAUGAAGCGCAGUUCUUCGGCUUCACCCCCGAGACCUGCACUUUACGAGUCCGUAAUGCUUUUCUCGACUCCCUCAACCACAUACUGGUUGCCGUUGAGUCUGUGUUCGUGAAAAGGUUGUCUCCAGGGCAGGAGCCUUCAGCAGAGCUCCGGUUGACAGCCAGAGAAAGCACCCAAAAACUGCGCAGGUUCCUCCAGGAGCGCUUUGAAGUCAUGUUCCAGCGCAUGAAGGGGAUGCUGAUGGAUCGUGUUCUUACCAUUCCUCCCAGUGUCUUACUGCCUGACGACCAGCUGCACCAGAAAUAUCCAGAAGGUAAAGAAGAACUCAUGAAGCUGCAGAGCUCCAUCGCAAAAUUGCAGCAGGCUUAUGAAGCCGAUGUGUGUGCCAAGCAAGCGCUUCUCGCUGAGCUUGAGGAGCAAAAAAACACUCAAAAACAACUAGAUGAGGUUCAGAGAUGGAUUGAGGAGCUGCGUGUCUCCUGGAGACGGGAGGGGAUGGGAAAUGUCCAGGACAGCAUCCGAUACAUGAUGGAGACUGUGGGCCAACUGCAGGAUGUUGUUGGAAAGAUUGGCAAGCAGAGUAAAGAACUGGAUGAAGGUUGAUGGAUUGCUCAUGCAUUGGCUCAGAGCUGUGGUGUAAUGACAUGAUCCACCCACCAGAGGGAGACUGCACGCAAUCCAAUUAUGCAGACAAGCACAAUUGCAUUAACAUACAAGUGGCAUGAUCAGUCCAGCUUCAAAGCAAUACAUUUGUAAUCAGCAAAAUUUCCUUGGCUGUGAUGUGGUCCAUCUCUUCUCAAAGUUAUAGGGUUUUCUCAAUUUCUAUCCCAUUCCUUUGAUGUUCGGUACUGUCAGAUCUGCAUGAGAUUAAUACAAAUUUCCCACAGGCCCCCACCGAUUUCUUAACAGCUUGGCUGGCUUUACACAUGAACAUCAAGUUUAUGUUGUCUAAAAAGACCCUUCCCUUGAUGUGCAGAGGAUAAAAGUGUCAAGUUCACAUUGGGUUGUUCAGAGCUUCAUCACCAUGCAGAGAAGGUCUCAAAGUCUUUCUUAUAGUCUGUAUCUUUAUCUACAUGUGUUGGACAAUUUUGGAAACGUAACCGUAGAAAUUAAAGGAUUUUUUUCACAUAAUUGUUUUAGUUAUAUAUGUAAAUAACAAUAAAAAGAUUUUUUGAAUAAUA